GUCCACUCCCAAACCCGCAUCUGCAUCUCCAUCUACCGCUACCACCUAGACCGGCGUCCAUGCUCCUCUCGUGCUGACCACCACACUCUCUCGAUCACUCGGUAAGUCCUUUAUCCUCAUCCUCGUGCUCGGCCGCGCGACCACGACCCCGAUGCGGCCUGCGCUAUCCGCUUCCCUCCCUCCCCUCCUUUCGUUCUCUUCCGCCCUCGCCCUACAGCCUCCCUCCUCCUCCUCUCCUCCGCCCGACGCGCGCGAGCUGCAGCUCCACCCCCAUCUCGUCCCUCUCUGUACCAACACCAUUCACGAUUCUAUCACGUUCCGUCGCGCGUCCGCUCCUUGCACUCCUCCGCACACCCCAUAUUAAUACCCUCCCUGCACAGGUAUCACCACGGGCCACACACAUACCCCUAUUCCUCAGGCCUCAACAUCAAUAUCCAAUACCUGUCCGUCAUGCACGAGCCGAUACCACCCAUGGCUACCCCCGCCGUGCUCAAC